CCUGCAGUGCCACGUGUGCAGCAGUGCCACGAACUGCAAACAUCCCCAGGCCUGCCCCAGCAGCUCCCGCUUCUGCAUGACCAUGAACACAGUAGAGCCUCUGUCAGGGAACCUGGUGACCAAGGCCUGCACCGACUACUGUACCCCCAGCCGGAACAUGCAGGGCCAGGUGAGCAAGGGCACCGCGGCCACCUACUGCUGCCAGAGCGACCUGUGCAAUGAGAGCGCCAGCAGUGCUGCACCCCGCCAUGCCCCGCUUGCUGGCACCCUCCUUAGCCUCGUGCUGGCCGCCGGCCUCCUUGCCUGCGCCUGGACCCCAGGCUUGUGACCCCGUGAGUCCUGGCUCAUGCCCUGCUCUUCCCCAACCCCUCCCUGGCUGGACCGGGUGCUUGAUGCCCUCUGCUGGGAAAGCCCUCCAUCAGGGUGUGGAGAGCAGCCGCUCCCACAGCAGCCUGAGGUCAUCGCGGGCCAUUCCCCUCACC